AUGUCCACUGAUCAUCCCCUGGACGGCCAAGACAGCCAUCUAAUUGAUGUUACUGAUGGAGACUUGCUGAAGGAGGAUGUUUUCAAAGGCUUGCAAUUGUCAUUUCAGAAACCCCCUGAGCAGAAUGAACUUGGACCAGGCAUAGGAAGAGAACAAGACAUAGAAAGGAAUUCAAAGGACUUAUUAGAUACUGGACAUAGAACGUUAUACCACAAAAUAAUGCCAAGUUUGGUCUUCAUGUGUUAUACUUUCCAAGGUCUGCAAGCUGCACUGAAAGAAGUGGGAGUUUCUGAACAAUCCACAAUAACUGUUGGGACUAGAAAACGAGGAGCAGAUCCUAUGAUUGCAUUUUACAAAAUAGACUCUAAGAAAGGUCCCAGUUUUUCUCACAAGAAGUCUCCUCUAUAA